GUAAUGUUUCAAAACUGACUACUGCGUAGCAAGUCAUACGCGUCAUCAUUGCACAUGUAAUUUAUGAGUGAUAUCUUUGCCAAAGAAUUUUAAGGUCUGUAGUAAUGUCAAUUCUAGGAAAAUGUUUAGAAAGGAGUGAUGCAAAGUGAAAAUGGUAAAUAUUGCCUCUUGCGUGUUACAGCAAGAUACUGUGGUAGGAGCCUUUCACCCAUAGCUCUAUUUUUACUGUUGUUUACAUUAACAAAUUUUCGAUGUAAUUUCGUAAAGAAGAUUGAUAUAUAUCAACUUGUUGACUUGAUUAAGGAAGACAGCAUGAAGAACGGGGUUGGCACAUGUCAGACAGAAAAACAUCCGCUUGGACAAGGAGAAGACAGAGGCUUCAGUUGGGAUUCUGAUGACGAUGGGUCACAAUCGACCAAAGAUGCCAACGGAGAAGGAUCGUACAGCGACGGUGAUGGUGAUGGUGAUGCUGACGCUGAUGGUGAUGCCGACGCUGACGGUGAUGCUGACUGGGAUGAGGAGGGAAGCUGCCCUCUGGUUAGUGGGAGUCCGGUCACCAUUAGGGUUGAGCCUGAAAUAAUGAGUGCAGAUGGAGAAGAAUUCAUCUGGGAUCCUGAAGAAGAUGUGUCGCCACCCCACCAAUCCCCUACGUCGUCCUCCGGCAGCGGCAUGUCCUACGGUUGUGGCUGCUGCGGGCAGCAGUUUGCGCACCUGCGCCAGCUGAUGGAGCACAUGGCGCAGCACGCGCCGCCGCACAGCCAGGCGGGGGCGGUCGCCGUCUCGGUGUCGCACCCGCUCUCGCAGGCCACCACCUCCGAGCAGCCGCGCUACACCGUCACGCAGCCGGUGCAGCCACCCCCACUGUCUGCACUGCCUGUCGCCAGGCCGGUGAUACCGCGGCCCGCUGCCACCGUCGUCCCACCCCAGGAGUUCGGAUUUGCUUGUGUGCUGUGUGGAAAGGUGUUUGCACGGCAGGGUCACCUGGCCAUGCAUUGUCGACUCGGGCACGGUGUCCAACCUUCCAAAGGGUGGGGACUGAAAGUGGCACCAAGCACUUUCAUGCAACAGGUACGGGCGAAGGACGUCGAGCGACCGUUCGAGUGCCAGCUCUGCCAAAAACGUUUUGUGCGGAAACACCACCUACAGGCUCACCUGCGUUCGCACAGCGGUAUCAAGCCGUUUAAUUGUCCAUUGUGCGGCAAGGCCCUGAGUAGCAAGCAGAGCGUCGGGAUACACUUGCGUCAGCACGAGCCUGUGCCGCCAGUCUCACGCCAACACCAGCCGAUACUGCCUGUGCCCGCUUCGCGUCCCCAGUGAUGUAGCCACGCCAUCUCUGCGGGUGUCCUCGCGAGAGUCUUUGUGUGUCACCAACUGGAGGGUCCAGCCUCCAGAGUACGGAGACAAUGGUUCCGGACGCAUGAGAAUGUAAAAUAUUAUUUUGUCGUGUGGAAUGUGACUGUGCACGCAGUUUUACUGUGUGUGUGCGCGUACCUUUAAGUAUCUGCAACUAGUAUAAUGUCAGAUGGUGUACCAUUGGUCAAACUGAGCUAUUAGUUUCCAUGGGUGAGCUGUGAUAUCUUUGUGCACGUGUGUAUAAGAAUGUAUGCAUUCGCUAGUAAUGUUCAGAAAUAGUGUUCCUAUACAGAUACAGACUAGAUAAGCCAUUUAUAAGCAACAUGACUCGGGUAACGGUGGCUGCUUUUUUAAUUUCCUACGAAAAGAAUUUCUUGUGUGUCCACAUUUUAGUUUUGAUUCUUGUGGAGACUACACUAUUUGUGGCUAAUUUUAGCAAUUACACGAUUACAAGAGACUCUGCAAAACAGUGAAAUAUUGCUUGCUUAAAAGAAUAUACUCUAAAGAUUUGUAGAACGUUUCCUUACCUUUAAGUAGCUCUGUUUCGGAAUCCACUCAGAUUUAAUGAGAAAUAUGUGGAAAAUUUAUUCAACUAUACGACAGCAACUCUUGUUUGCUUCCUCAGUUUCUAUUGCCUUUGUGCUUUGAACUUAUUACCUUCUCACAAAUUCCAACUUCACACACAUGAGGAUUUUGACAAUGUAACAUGAUGAUUAGUUCAGUUGAAGACUUGUACCAAAGAAAAAAAGCCUGCAUAUCUUGCAUUAAUGGACUCUAGCAUUAUAGUUUGAAUAAAUUAAUUCUGUGAUUGACAAAUGUUAGCAGUAGUUGGCUGAUACCUGACCCCUACACUUGAUUUGGCUAAAAUGAUUCAGUACUCUCCAUGCCAGAUAUUGCAAGCAAGGCUGCAACUCUCAACACCUUAAAUUUCUGUCAAGGUUUUGUUUUCUAAUGAGUCAGAAUAAAUAUUUGUUGAAAAGAUGGAAUAAGCAGGACGUUCAACAACAUUUAAAAAAAAUUCAAUUGCACUCGGACUGCUGACCA